GAGAGACUUGGCUUAAAAGCGGGAAAGACAAAAAUUCCAGCGAAGACUGCAGUUUUUUUUCCCCCGUUACUUUUUUUUCUUUUAUUCCACCUGUUUUCUGGCAAACCCCGCCUCCUGCUAUUGGAUUGGCUGUACCAUGGAGGAACUCCCUGUGAUCAUACCGUCACAACCAGUAGGCGCAAAGAGAGGCGGAACGUCACUAGCCAAUCAUAGCGAAGGGCGGCGGGAUUUGUCGGAAUGCGAGUGCACAAAAAUAAUAACUCGUUUGUUUCUUACGCUCGUACACUUCAACAAAAGUGGCAGCUGAGAUUUUUCUGCUUAACGGAUUUGGUGAAUUUCUGUAGCACACGCGCGACACUGAGCAGGGGGAGGUUUACAACAUUUGCAUUCCAUAUGAUUUCUGGGCAAAAAAAGGAAAGUAUCUUAGAGUUCAUCAAAAAAAAAAAAAUGUGUGUGUGUGUGAGAGAGAGUGAGUGAGUGAGUGAGAUGCUAAAAAUGAAAAUGUGAGUGUUUACUGCAAUGAAACAAUUUAAAACCAUAAACAGAGGAGUAAUAAGAAAUAAGAGUGUCCCGAUUCGAUACUGAGUGUGGAUACUGGAGCUGACACUGGCCUGAAACACUGAAACAGUAUCUUAUAGGAUGUGAAAUCUUUUCAGUCUGAUUUAUAUAUUUUACAUUCUGAAUGUGUGUUUUGUUGACUGACACAAAUGAUCUGAAGAUGCAACUUGUCUUAAAGCAUCAUGCCUCCUUGAGGACGUGUAUAAAUGAGUCAGCUUGGUUACUUAGAGGAUGUCAGUCUCAGGUAUCCCGCCUUCUGAAAAUGCAAAAAGUCAGUAUGUGACAGGGCAGGGUUGUAACAGAUAGACACACACAUAUACAUAUAUACUUUACUGCAAAUUUGUUAACACGCCAUGUCUUCAUAGACCUUGCUUUGUGACAGGGGCAUUGUCUUAGUUCUAAUGAAAGGCCAUUGUAAUGCUACGGCUAUAGCCUAUACAAUUGUGUGCUUCCAGCUUUGUGGCCCACAUAUGAGUGUGAUGGUCAGGUGUCUACAAACUUUUGACCAUAUAGUGUAUAUCUAGCCAUAUAGCACUGAUGCCAGAAAAAAAAAAAAACUAAAUUCAUUAUUUGGCAAACGUGCGUUUGAAUGAUGGCAAACGAAUUCCACACCACUAACAUACUUUGAUGCCUCAACUUUAAAAAAACAUGAAUAUAUUUCCCCAAAAAUGAUGAGGAAGUGUUUUGUUAACUUUCAAAACUUGCCCAGGGUUUCUGCAAAAUCGUGUUAUGUAAACGUGGAAGCAGUUUAACAAACUUGGCUGCAGAAACCGCUGUAGGCUAUGAAUAAUAGUAGGUAUAAAAAUACACACAGUUUUUAUAGACAUAUUUUUAUAUUCUACUUAACCUAUUGCAUCUUUAAAUCUAUAAAUUUUCUCAUUUUUGGGGGGUAACCAGAUUUUAAAAUGCUAGAAUUUUUGUAGUUGAGAUACAUGUGAAAGAGAGAGAUUUCAGUUCAGGAAAGCCUGUAGUGUUCAUAACCUCAUAUGUCAACAUGUAACCAUGUGAAGGGAUUUCACGCAAUAAGUUAACAAAUUAAGUGAGCACAUAAUUAACUAAAUAUAUUCUACUGUCACUAUGAUAUGCAGUAUGCAAUCAGUGUUUUGUAAGCUAUAAUUAUUAAAUAUUAAAGAGUAAUUGCUGUUCCAUUGUUCUGUGUGUACAUUUUAUGUACUAUAAAAUGAGAGCUGAUGACUCGCAGCAAAUUCGGGGGGAAAAGUGACUCAGAAAGGACUGGUGUUAGUCCACCACUGCUGUAUUCCAGCAGAAAGCUGGGUCUAAUUGUGAGUGAUAGUCUAUCGUCACCAGGGUCCAGCGUGGUCUGAAGUCUGAUUCUGUCUCUAGCAGAUCCAUCCGUGCUUCUCUGAUACAAGGGUGUAUAAUGGUGGCACGAGGGCUGAAGCGGAAACUCCGUGAUGAUGAUGUCAGAGACCCGGGGUGGGAGAAUCAGUUGCAGUCCGUGCUGAACAUUUCCAUAGACAAGUACCAGCGCGAUCAGGCCCUCAUGGAGCCGAGCUUACUGCGCUCUGUCCUCAUUACUAACACACUCCGUCAGGCCAAAACACACAUGGAGACCGUUUCUGGAAUUGAGAACCCUAUGAAAAAAAUUCAAACACAUCAUCCAGUAACAUGCUUCCGGCAGGAACUUGGCACGCCUUCCGGGUUCGAAGACAUGGAUGAUGAUUUCAUGGAGGAUCUGUCUUUAUCCACCGCCAUUACCGCCAUCUUGAAGAAUCUAGACACAGCCCUUGAUGGCAGCUCUGGAUCAUCUGCACCUCAGCGGUCACCGUUAGCCUCCGUGGAAAACCUCACAGGGGACAGGACCUGCAAAAGGAGUCCAAACAAAAGUUUAUCUAAUCACCUGCAGGACAGUGUUCUAGAUGAUUUGUUAUUGGACUUUGAUACUUCUAUAUGUGAAAGGGAGCUGGCUGAUCAUACUUUUGACCUUUCAGCCGACGAAUUUGUGAAAUAUUUACCCUGCGUGCCCUGCUUAGGGAAUGAAAUAGGGUUUUUACACUCCAUGUAGUGCACUGCAUGUCUAGUAUGGAUUUGGCAUUCAACUGUCUGUGUAUUUAUACCACACAGGUUUGAAAUAGUGGCUCUGUGAGUGCACUGUUUGUAAAAUCAUAAUUUAUUAAAAAAAAAAAAACCUUCCACAUCAUAUGUAGGUAAGGAGUGAUUUGGCAUUCAGCUCCCUACUCCAUAAAUUUGUACUACAUAGAGUAUGAAUGCCUAUUACUUCCUGUUUAGUGGACUGUGUCUUCCAAUAGGAAGACAUUGCUCCUAUAUGAUUCCAAUACGCAAUAUUUUACACGUGGUGAGAAUAAUGGCCUCAUUGUUUGUUACAUGUGGACUGAAAUGAGACUCAUUCGCUGUAUUUAGUGUGCCAUAUGUCAAAUAGGGAACUAUUUGCAAUUCAUAUGUGCAGUUUAUAUAUAUGUACACUACAUAGUGUAUGAAUAAUAGCUACUAGACUCUGUAAUACUCUCCCUAUUUAUGUAGUUCACUCUGUCUCAAGUAGAGAGCCAAGUCUGUGUGCAGUACAUAGGGAAUGAAGUAAGACAACUACACUCUAUUCAUUGUGCUAUGACCAGAUCCUCCCCAUAUAAGUGGACUGUUUAAAGUAUAUUUACAUUUACAUUUACAUUUAUGGCAUUUGGCAGACGCCCUUAUCCAGAGCGACUUACAAUAUUUAAUGUUUGAAAUGUAAUUAAUGUAAAUAAUUACAUUAAGAGACCCCCGGAGGAACAGGCGAGAACGCUUAAGGUUUCUAGAUUUUACUUCUCUUUCAAUUUUUAUUUCCCCAGGAAUGUAUAGGGAGCCACUGUUUCCAGUUAUAUGUAGUUCCCAUCCAGCUCUUCGUCUUUGUCUUUGAGAUGAAUGAUUAAAUACUAGCCUCUAUCUGUUUUUUAAGAUUGUAGUAAUGCUGAGUAUAUAAAAGGUAAUACUGAUCCUCGUAAGAAAUUGUAGUUUAAAGGUUAAAAUUGAGGCAGCGUGGUGGCGCAGAGGGAAGCAUUGCCGCCUCACAGCUCCGAGGUCUCGGUAUCGAGCCCAUGGGGAGUUUCUGUACAUUGUUCUCCCCGUAUCUGCAUGGGUUUGCUCCAGGCCCACCUCCCAAAAACAUGCCAGUAGGUGGGUUAGCCAUGUUAAAUUGCUCCUAGGUGUGAAUGAGUGUGUGCAAUGGACUGGCAUCUAAUCCAGGGUUUAAUACCACCUCACGUCCAGUGUUCCGAGGAGUGUGAACCUGACCGGGAUAACACGGUACACUGAAAAGUGAGUGAGGCUGUUGCACUCUCAUUGUGUGCACUACCUAAGAAUCUCAGUUCAACAUGACUAUCUGGACAGGUCCUUACUUUAUGUGUAUGUAAACUCCAUAAACUAUACUGACGAGUAGUGCCUUCUACACCUGAUCUAGUGCACUGUAUCUAGUGCCAACAAGGUUGAGUGCCAUGUAAUGCCACAGGGUGGCAGGGUGGAGCAGCUCCAGGGUCUCCGGUUCAAUCCUCAGCUCAUGUUACUGUCUGCAGUUUUCUGUGUGGGUGUUCUCAUUUCCUCCUACCUCUCAAAAACUUUGGUCAGGAUCAGAGUAAAGAUUGAUGAAUGAAGUAAUGCUGCAAUCACGUUAAAGGUGCCUCUUGCUGAGAACAUGCCUUACUAAUAUCAGGCAAAGUUCAUAGUACAGAAAAUUAAAAUCUUUUAAAGCCAUAUAAUUGUUACACCUUUUAUAGGUUUUGAAGACUAUCGUGUUUGUAAAUACCUCAUGUGACUGAUUCACUUCACUGGCUGUUUUGUUUUAAAGUGAUAUGUCAGCCAAAAGUGUACCCAGAGUUUCCAUCCCAGACAUGUUUGGUGCUUGAAGUUUGCUUCAUUAGUUUUGCACUGAAGCUGUGAGGUUAAUGUAGCCAACGGUUAGUAGAACACUAUAGUCUCCUGUUUAGCAUGCCUGAAAUGUGUUUAUUUGUUUAAUUUUUUCCCCUAUUUAUAAAAACUUGGUUUCAUCAUUUGCAUUAUAACACUGAACUUGUGAAUUAUUGCUUAGUGUUUAUACAAAUCCAGGUAGACAAAAAUCAAAAGUGUUACAAGUGUUAGGUUAAUACAUCACUGUUAAUUCAUUACUGUAAGAAUUAAGGAAAAAUUCAACUUGAAUGACUUAUGACAAAUUACAUAUUUAUAGUCAUUAUGUGGUCAGUGAUACAAAAGAUGUAUUUUAUGAUUAAAUUCUGAAUUGACUUUUUUGGUUUUGUGUUUUUUGUUUGUUUCAACAACUUACCAUUCAACUACUUAUCUAAUUACUAUCUACUUAUAGUGGCAGCAGUGGGAGUUCAUGUCUACCUAAAGAGAGUGAUCAGCGAGAAAGAGCAGCAGCACUUUAGUCCAGCUCUCUCACCUCCUCCUACGUACACUGCUUAAACAGAUAAGUUUCCAAAGCUUCAACAUUAAUGCUAUACUACUGCCAUCAUGACUGUCCUGUUUUAGAGUGCAUAUACAGUGUAUCUGUGGUUGAGGACUUGCUCUGAAUAAUCUGAUUCAGGAACAAGUGAGGCAAAUUUGAAUCUUUCAAGCGCCCUUGCCGUUAUACCAUGGUUGUUUGCAUAUGACAGUGGUUCCCAACCUUUUUCAGUCAAGUCUCCUUUUGCUAAUUGAAAAAAAAAUAUUCAGGCCUCCUCAAAGCACAUCACCCUCAAACCACCACAAUGGAAAUAAGCCGAUGGCUUUUUUGUGUAUUUUAUCCUGGACAGUUUUGGAAUGGGUAUGAAUUAGUCUUUUUGGACUUUUUUGUAUUAUGUUUUAAAGUUUGUCAAAUAAAACAAACAAAAACCACUAUCACAUUCCCAUUCCCACCUUUCUUAUAUAAAAUUAAUUAUAUAAGUGGUUAGAACUGUUGCCUUGCACCCCCUGGGUUAUGGGGGUUUGAAUCCAGCCUCCGCCCUGUGUGUGCAGAGUUUGCAUGUUCUCCCUGUGCUUCGGGGGUUUCCUUCAGGUCCUCCGGUUUCCUCCCCCCGUAUGAAGACAUGCUCUGUAGGCUGAUUGGCAUUUCCAAAUUGUCCGUAGUGUGUGAAUGUGCCUAAAUAACAUUUCAUUACCUCUACAUUUCGUUCCAUCCUUCAUUCCCUUUUUUAUAAUUUGAGAUCUAGCUUUCCUCCACUACAGCAGCCUCAUACUUUGGGAACCACUGGAAUAUGAUAAGAUCAACUAUGCUAGAUAUCCAUCUGUAUACUGGGUGGAAAUAUCUCCUUCGAGAAAACCCAUCCAAACACAGUGCAUACGUGUAGCUGCAGUCCGACAGCAGGAAUAUGACUUUGCUUACGCAUAUCACCAAGUCAUAGAACAAACUCUAAACCAUGACUCAAAGACAAAAGAUAUACUUUUAUAAUCAUCACUGAUUACACUGAGUUUUACUCUGGGUGUGUAAUCAGUGAUGAUUAUUUUAUCUUUUUAUCACCCACUGCAAAUCUAAAAUUCCAUUUUCAACAAUAGGACUCUAAUAGAGUAUGAGGAUUUUGGGAUUUGAAGCCAUCUCUGGUAAGGAAGUGCUAAUGCAAGAACAUGUAAUGCAGGUUGCAGUAUACAUUCAAGACGUAUGCAAGGCUUUGUCCCAGUCUAUAUACUACACACUAGUAUGUAUAAAAAUUCAGUAUGUCUUAAUGGUGAUUAAAUGAAGUAGAAGACCCCACUCCCCUAAAAGUGUUCCUUGAAUUUGUAUUAGAUUACUCUCAUUAGACAUGAGAAAUCAUUUUAACAGAGGAAACUUUGUAUUUUGUUGAAUUUCUUUCAGUCUUUUUGUGUUUACUGCAGGACCACAAAUAACAUUCAAGCCAGUAAAGAAACACAUGACCACAUAAAUGCCAGCUAUUGUUCAUUUACUUACUUUUUUUUUUACAGUUCAUCAUUAAUUUGCUGUUAUAAUUUAAACAUAAUGAACAUUUUAAGUCAUUUACAAUCUACUGUGAUGUCAAACCACAGGACAUUUCAUGUGAGACGUGUGUGUAUGACUGAGGCUCACAGAGCUCUGCCUAUAUGAACAUUUUCUUUGGUAUCUCUAACUUCACAAAGAAAAGUCUCAAAAAGUCCCUUCCUGGUUGGACCCUAAAGACAUGACAUGAUUGAAUGUUUCAGACACAAUGAUCUUUUUUACACAACAAAGUAAACCGUUUUAUGUGUUUAUUUUUAUCCUUUCUUCCCCUCUUUUUCUUCAGCCCUUUUUGUUUUUCUCAAUCACAUA